CCGCCAGCCGCUUCUUCCCAUUCCCGUCCAGAAAGCUUCCGCGUUUGUUAUUUCUCUCUGUACCCGCAACUGCUCAGCUACACUCGGGCUGUACCCCGUCCGCAAGUUGCAGUCUCCACGACGCAUGUGGUCUACGGCCAGAGAGAUCGCAGCGGGCGACUUGAUCAUCGUGUGGCUGACCAGGGAUUUAGUCCAGCCCCUGGUGAUCACCCCCGGAAGAGAGCUCAAUAGCAAGUACGGUGUAUAUCGCCAUGCAGAUCUCAUCGGCGUGCCCUACGGCUCGAAGAUCGGCUCUCGCAAUGGCAAGGGCUUCAUCCAUGUGUUGAGGCCCACUCCAGAACUCUGGACGUUGGCCUUGCCGCAUCGUACGCAAAUUCUAUACCUCGCAGACAUCGCCUUCGUCUGCUCAUGGCUCAACAUCAAGCCUGGAAGCCGUGUUAUCGAAGCUGGCACAGGAUCCGGGUCAUUCACCCAUUCCGUUGCACGUACGAUAGGGUCCACUGGGCACCUAUGGUCAUAUGAGUUCCACGAGGCGCGUGCCAGCAAGGCCAGAGAAGAAUUCAGCCGCCAUGGCAUGGACGACAUCGUUACUCUCACCCACAGAAAUGUGUGCAAGGACGGGUUCACCGUAGCUGAUACUGUCGAUGCCGUGUUCCUCGACCUGCCGAUGCCUUGGGAGGCAGUUGAGCAUGCCAAAAAAGCAUUGAGGCUGGUUAGGCUUUACCAUGCAUUCACAAUACUGAUUGCGUUUGAUAGAGCGACCGAAUAACACGGAUCUGCUGCUUCAGCCCCUGCAUGGAACAGGUGCUACGGACCGUGACCGCACUGAACGAUGCUGGCUUCACAG